AUGUCCGAGGCGUACGAGCGCGAGCGCCAGAACAACUCGCGGCUGGACGAGCUGGCGUCCAAGGUGACGGCGCUGCGCGGCGUGACGAUUGACAUCUACGACAAUGCGCGCGAGCAGGACGUCAUCGACUCGACGAACGACACCUUCUCGAGCAUGUCGACGCAGCUCAAGGGGUCGGCGGGGCGGCUGACCCGCAUGGCGGCGUCGGGCAACCGCGUGGCCAUUCUGAAGCUGUCGGGCAUCAUCAUUGGCGUUUUCAUCUUCCUCUACUACGCCUACCGGUUGAUAUUCUGA